CUUCAAUUCAACAGACAGACACAAAAAAAACCCUUUCGAAGCUCUUAUCUUUUCGCUCCAAGCAUCGCUUCGCAUCCCAUUUGGUUUUGUAGAGAGAGAGAGAGAGAGAGAGAGAAAGAGAUCAGUGAAGAAAGGAUCCAAAAAUGGCGGUGUCACUGGGUGUGUUUUCGAGUAUCUUAGCCGGCGAUACAUCGUCGCUAACCAAGUCGUCGUCGUCGUUGUCUUAUCCACGGCUCGGUCUUCAUCAGUCAGUUCCUCCUUCUCAGGUUAACCUGCGCUCUGUGCGCACGGUAACUUCCGCCACAGCGUCGAAGCCGGCGACGGACGCCGGAAAGAGAGAGCCGAGAGGCAUUAUGAAGCCCCGCCGUGUUUCGCCGGAAAUGCAAGCGUUCCUCGGCGGCGUCCCCGAAAUCCCUCGCACCCAAGCCCUCAAGCUCAUUUGGGCUUAUAUCAAACAACACAAUCUUCAGGAUCCUGAAAACAAGAAGGUCAUAAUCUGUGAUGAAAACCUGAAGAAAAUUUUUGCUGGGCGAGACCGAGUUGGGUUUCUUGAGAUUGCGGGAUUGAUGAAUCCUCACUUUCUUAAGUGAGCCCUUGCAGGAGAAUGGAUUUUGAUUUUCAAAGUCAUUGAUGAAUCUGUUCUUUUGUAAAUGAGGGGUCUCAGUAUUUUGUUGAUGAUACUACUUGUAGGAUUUAGCAGUGCUCUAUAUGCGUUGUAGUUUUUUGUUUUUGAACUUCUUCCAGUUGCCUACCCAUGAGCCUCACUCUAUUUUGGUUUUAACGAGUGUUUAUGCUCAUUUUGUGUUCUUGUUAUGUAGGCUACGGAUCGGAAUGCAAUAUUUGUAGUGACUGUCAAUUUCUGGUUUAGAUAUCAUGUUAAGUUUUAGAGGAAUCUGAUA